AUGAAACUGUUGAAUAUGCUUAUUGAAAUUGUUAAGCUGAAUAUCCUUGCUGACUUAAUGUCUGCUGCGAAUACACCAUCAGAAACACCAUCUUCGCAAGAACAAGGAUCAACUGCUGAUGCAUCAAUCGGAACCCAAAAAAACAAUAAUAGAGCAAAAAAUGAUCUUGCAUGGGUCAUUCUUAUUAGGGGUGGAGGAAUUCAUCGGUUUAAGCUUCAUUUGGCUGGAAAAGGAGGAGAUGUUGAGUCUUGUCGAAAGGUGCCAGCUGCAGUGAGACACCAAUUCCAUGAAAAUCAAUUGGAUUUGGAAGAUGAUCGGAAGGAUGAUGGAGCUAAUAAUUCUGUGGAAAAUGCAAAUCAAAAUGAAACCAAUCAGGAUGUAGCUCCACAUUUGAAGAAGUCCAAGAAGUUAUCUUUUUCACCAUCACUAAAACAUAGAUACUUAAAGGUUUCCUAUGGAGAGCUACAUCAAGCAACAAAUGGAUUUUCUUCAUCCAAUUUAGUUGACACGGGAAGCUCUGGCUCUGUGUAUAGAGAAACCCUUGUCUAUUUUGAGAGACCUGUUGCUGUGAAAGUGUUGAAUCUUCAAACAGGUGGGGCAUCGAAGAGUUUCAUGGCCGAAUGUAAAGCUCUAGGAAUAAUUAAACACAGAAACCUUCUUAGCCUAUUGGCUUCUUGUUCAAGUGUUAACUACAAAGAGAAUGAUUUUAAGGCCAUAGUGUUUGAGUUCAUGUCUAAUAGGAGCCUAAAAACUUUGUUGUACAACACUAUUGAAGAUAGCGAGUCCACAAAUCUGAGUCUGAACCUUAUGCAAAGGGUAAAUAUUGCUCUUGAUAUAGCUUUUGCAUUGGAUUAUAUUCACAAUGAUUCAGGAGUUGUAAUUCAUUGUGAUAUUAAGCCUAGCAAUAUGCUUCUUGAUGAUGAUAUUGUUGCCCGCUUGGGAGACUUUGGUCUAGCUAGACUUAUUUCAAGGGGACAGAAGCUAUUCUACCAGUAAUCAUGGUAGUUC